AUGACAGAUUUAGAGAUAUAUCGCAGCACUGUGUUACAGAUCUUUGGUCAAGAAAAUCACAAACUAGUCUUAACAUGUCGUAAAAUUGUAUACAAUGAAGCGAAACCUUAUCAUGUUUUUGACAAUUAUAGUGUAGUUGACAUCGAAGACAAAGAUCAUGCUUUAAACAAUACUGAGAAGCAAAAACUUUUACAAAUAUACGGCAUCGAGAAAUUAGUUGAAGAGUCAUCAUUAGAAAGAUCAAAUUUAAUGUUUCCUCUUAACUGCUAUAUAUUGUUUCAAAACAGAGAUGAGUUGUUAAAAUCUGGAGCGCCCAAAAAAGUUCUAGAUCAUCGGGGAUACCUUCUAAACGAGUUGGAUACUAUGAGUAAAUCAGAGAGAACAAAAGUACUGUAUGCGUCCUUGGUUUUUCUCAUGAUAGCUAACAAUAAUUUUACAGAUGAAAAGCUAAAAAAUAAGGAAAUCUUAAAUGAGAUUUUUAUUAAAUGCAAUAUCUAUGAUCAUCUACCACACAGCAGAGAGAUUCGAGAGAAACUGCAAUUUUCGGAAAAUGCUUACGUCAUCAAAACAGAUUUUGGUUUCAAAUUUCUACAUGAUUCUCUUUUUGAAAUCUUUGCAUUUCAUUUUGGUCAAGAUGAAGACAAUCAAAGUCUGCUUUUAAAGCAUAUUGACAUAGAAUAUUUAGCAAAUAACACAUAUAUGGGAGGCCUGGAGGAGGAAUCUUCUGAAAGAGACUUCCAGAUAAGGAUCUUCCCAAAUAAUUACAAAAUACUGUGUAAUAGAUUGUUUCACGCUCUUCAGGGGAUUAUUCAAUUUGAACUGGAUGUUCGUUCUGUUAAUCCCAUUCUCACUCACAAAUGCUGGAGCAAUGAAGAAUUUAUUCGCAUUUUGUUAAAAACUGUCGGUAAAAAAAACAUUGUAGAUUUGUUCUUUAAACCAUACCGUGUUUCAAAAGUCAAACCAAAAUCAAGAGCUCCAGGGAAACGUAGCUCAUGGCUUCAUAUACAGGGAUUACUAGAAAAUGAAAAUUAUGGCCAGACAGGAAUACCAGGGGUGCCAGAUGAUGGGGAAACCAGACUUAUAGAAUGGAUUGUUUUUAAAGGACAUUUAGAGUUUAUACAAAGUGUUCUUACACGUCAGGGGAUAUUAAGUUUGUUUCUGUUUAAAAGGAAAAUAGAUCCUGAUCGGUUGUUUUGGCUUUCUAUCUACAGUAUGAACAAGGAUAUGUUUAAUUUUGCUCUUUCUGAAAUGAACCAUAAUCAAAUAGAAAAACAUAUAAAUGCAUUAUCGUUUUAUUUGGAAACGCCCCUUACUCUUGCCUGUUCAUUAGGUGUAUUUGAAAUAGUGAAGAUUCUAGUAGAAAAAGGUGCCAAUAUAGAAAAGUGUAACAUAAAAAAUGAAUCCCCUUUAUUUCUUGCUAUUAAGAGUGGUUCAGAGGAAAUUGUUCAUUUUUUGUUAGAAAAGAAUCCAUUGAUUAGAGUGGAACAUGAAAUGAUAUCUCCAUUUGAAACUGCAAUGGAAAGAAAUGUAUAUAUUUUCAAAUCAGUAUUGCAAAAAUGCGAUGUCAAGAGUACAAAUCAUGAUGGCAAAACACCUUUGCAUCUUGCAGCAGAAAAGGGAUUUAGUGAUGUCGUUGAAAAUUUGAUUGAUCGUCGAGCAAAUGUAAACGCUGCAGAUGACAACCAAGAAACGCCUACACACAUUGCAUGCUCUAAAAAUAAUAAAGAAAUCGUACGUUUGCUUUUGCAAGCUGGUGCUCAUCUCGAUGCGUUAAAUGCAAGAAAAGAAACACCCUUAGACAUUGCUUUGAACACGGAUUUGGGUGAUGUUUUGCAAACUAUUUGCAUUGAACGUACCCUUGAGCAUUUCAAAGUACUGCUUGAACAAACUCAUUAUGUGAAGAAAUGGUCAAACCAUACCAUGGAAGUAGAUCCUUCGUUUGGUGUUGCUAAAAAUAUUAUAGAUACAAUACUUAAAAAGAUUCUAAGAAAUUGUUCUGUUGAAAAUCUGAAAUUGAUUUUGGAAAAGAGUGAGAUUGAUGGAACUAUUGUUGAUGGCAAAUCGCCUUUGCAUAUCGCUGUAGAAAAUGAUUUUUAUGAUUUUGUUGACACUUUGGUUCAUCGUGGUGCCAGUGCAAAUGCAAGGGACGAUAGCAGUAAUACACCUUUGCAUAUUGCAUGCUAUAGAGGUAAUACAAGUAUCGCAAAAUUGUUGGUGAAAGGAGGAGCUAAUUUAGAUGUGUUAAAUCUUCGUAAUGAGUCUCCCAUUUCUGUAGCUAUCAACAAUGGGUCUGAGGAACUUUUACAAUAUUUCUUAUUAAUAUGUCCUCUUCAAAAAUUCAAGGACCUAUUGGAAUUGUGUGUCAGCAAUGACAGUAUAAGUUCUGAUGAUUCUCGCCCGGAUGUCAAGAAUUCUGAAAUUUCCGAUAAGUUUCCAGCUUCAGCUGGUAUUGCUGCUAAGCAAGGCAAAAUGCUGCAAAGUCUCUUACAAACUUGUCCUGUUGAAAAUUUCGCGAUUUUGGAAGAAUACGGUCAAUCCUCCUUCCAGUCCGACGAUGGAAAAACACCUGUACAUAUUGCAACACACCUGGGUUGUGUGGAUAUGGUUAAAAGUUUAAUUGAUUGUGGUGUUAACAUUAAUGUUACUGACAACAGAAAUCAAACACCUUUGCAUAUUGCUUGUGCAUUAGAUGAUAGCAAAGCCGUUCAGCUAGUUGAAACCUUUAUCCAGAAUGGUGCCAACAUUAAUGCAACAGACAGCAAAAAUUAA